AUGUACUUAAUAAUGAAAACGGAAACAUUUGCAAAGUUAUUUUUUUUAAUAAGUUUCACUGGGUUAGUAAUGUACGCGAUUCUAGCAUUUUACACUUUCCACACGGCAUAUAAAACAGUGUCUGAUUUGGUACAAUACCAGGAGAAAAUCCAAGGAUUGCCGAAUCCGGAAAUAUUUUUCGGGAAAGAUAGAUAUGAUAAUGAUCUAAAGUAUAUUCUGAUUUGGACAGUAACCGAAAAUGCUGCUAAUCCUUUUGGGGAUGGCCAACUGCUAUUUAUAAGCAAUAGUUGUCCAUAUUACAACUGCUACAUCACUACAAAGAAGACUCUUUUGAAACGAGACUACAGAAAUUUCGAUGCUAUAAUCUUUGACGUAAAUAUUAUCAGAAACUUGAAAUACAAAGAAAUGCCUCGAGAGAGAAACAGUGUACAAAAAUACAUAUUUUACGGCAAAGAAUCAGCUGAUGAUAUGCCAAUGUGUAGUUUGUAUCUUGAUAAUUACUUUAAUUGGACUUGGUCCUACAAAUUAAAUUCAGAUAUCGUAAGUCCAUUCGUUGAAGUUAGAGAUUUAAAAGGUAAUGUUGUUGCUCCAAGUUCAAAUGUGAAAUGGAUUGAAAAUAUGACUGGACUGACAAGUAAACAGGUAAAAGGAAUAAAUUCAAAAUCUAAAGCAGUUGCGUGGGUAAUACAUAAAUGUUACACUAGAACGAUUGUUGAAAGAAUGACGUUUGCAAAAGAGUUACAGCAUGCAUUAAAAGAACAUGCGCUAGCACUGGAUGUUUAUGGCUGUAAAAUGUCACAAUGUCCAGAGGGAGAUUGUCUAAAAGCUAUAGAGAGAGAUUAUUACUUCUAUUUAGCAUACGAAGAUAGCAUAACAGAAGACUAUGUGACUAGUGAAGUAUUAAAAGGCUAUAAUUAUGGCGCUGUACCAAUUGUAUAUGGCGGUGCUAAUUAUCAUCAUUUUCUACCCGAAGGAUCGUAUAUCAAGGCCCGAUCUGGAAAUAUUGAAAAACUAGCCGCAAUCAUAGACUACAGUAUUCGAAACCCUAGUGUGUACCGACGAUUUUUCCGUUGGAGAAACCACUAUACUAUCCAUAAGGUAGAGAACACAUCAGGUGUUUGUAAGCUUUGUGAAUUUCUUAACGACGAGAAAAGAUAUAAGAUACAAAGUGUUCAUGAGAAUUUCAGAAAAUGGUGGUACACCGGACCCUUAAAAGAGAGGUGUUAUCCAAGAGGCGCUGAGAAAGAGAAUGUUGUGCUAUCGUACAUGAAUAAUACAAAGCAUAUUCUAAUUUUAUCAUCUCGCAAGCCCCUCAAGGACCUGACCAAGCAUAAUUCAAAUUUCAGGCUCAGUGGCGCCCUCUGCACUGGCGUGUGGAGCGUCGAGGACUCUCGAAUAUUCAUUAGGCCGGCUUCAUUAGGUUUUACUAUUCAAUCUUAG